UCCUGGAGAAAUAGAAGAAUAAAAAAAUAUUCACACGUUUCUGUUGCGGUACCAAAAAAUGUUGGAGGACUGAUCAUCCAUCAUGGCAGGCAGGCUGAGCUUCAGUAACAUCACUGCCCUGGCUCCGAUGGUCCGGGUGGGGACUCUGCCCAUGAGACUGCUGGCUCUGGACUACGGCGCAGAUGUGGUUUACUGUGAGGAGCUGAUCGACAUCAAAAUGGCCCAGUGUCGAAGAGUGGAGAACAAUGUGCUGGAGACAGUGGAUUUUGUUGCUCCUGAUGAUCGAGUGAUAUUCAGAACCUGUGAAAGGGAGAAGGACAGAGUUGUAUUUCAGAUGGGAACUGCAGACCCAGACAGAGCCCUGACAGUGGCCCAGCUUGUGGAGAAGGAUGUGGCAGCUAUCGAUGUGAACAUGGGCUGUCCAAAGGAAUACUCCACCAAGGGUGGAAUGGGAGCUGCUCUUCUGUCACAUCCUGACAAGAUUGAGGCAAUUCUCAGGAAGCUCAUCACAGGAAUUUCCAAACCAGUGACAUGUAAAAUUCGAAUUCUUCCUUCGCUGGAGGAAACUGUCAGUCUGGUCCAGAGAAUCGAGAAGACUGGUGUUACUGCUGUUGCAGUCCACGGCAGGUUUAAGGAGGAACGUCCCAGGCAUCCUGUCCACUGCGGUUACAUUCAGGCCAUCGCUCAGGCCGUUUCCAUCCCUGUCAUCGCCAACGGGGGGUCUCUGGAUUUGGUGAAAACCAACAGUGACAUUGAAGAGUUCAGGAAGUUGACCGGUGCCUCAUCGGUCAUGCUGGCUCGUGCCGCCAUGUGGAACGCAUCUGUGUUCAGCAGCCAAGGUCCUCUUCCUCUGGAGAAGGUUAUGGAAGAAUAUCUCAAAUAUGCGAUCCGGUACGACAACCACGCUUUCAACACAAAAUACUGUCUGUGUCAGAUGCUGAGGGACAAAGUGGAGUCUCCUCUGGGGAAACUGGUUCAGGCAGCACAGAGCAAUGCUGACCUCAGCGAGGCAUACGGGCUGCAGGAUAUUUACCAGGAGACUCAGGAUCUGCUGCAGGCCAGGAGGGAGACGCUGCAGAACAGCAGCCAGGCAGAUCAGCUCAUUGUGGAUGGAGACAUCACUCUCAUGGCCAUCAGAUUUGAACGGAGAGAGUAUCCACCUCAGAUCACUCCAAAGAUGUUCUUGUUGGAGUGGAGCCGUAAGAAAAAACUGGAGCAGCCGCUGUAUGAGACUGUGCAGCGCUCACAGGAUCGCGCCUUUCAGUCGACUGUGACUGUCGCAGAGAAGAAAUACAGAUCUUCACUGUGGGAAAAAUCAAAGAAGUUUGCAGAACAAGCGGCUGCCAUCGUCUGCUUAAGAGUUCUGGGUAUACCGGAGGGUCGCAUCGGCGAGGAAGACUCCGGAUUAGUCUGCAAGAGAAAGAGGGAGCAGAAAACGAAUGGCAGGGCAGAGGAAGAGAGGAGCAAGAAACGACAUGUAGCCGAUAUCCAACAGAGUGCAGAAACCACUGCUGUGGUCAACAGUGACCAUCAACAGCCAGACACGCAUCUAAAACAUGAGUAGAACACAUCAAGACUUUGUGAAAACAGUGUUUCCUUUGAAAGACUAAAAAGAUAAAGUUCUCCAUUAGUUUAAAGAGCAGAAUAAGAUGAGCUUUGUUCACCAAAGCACCAACACAGACUGCUGGAUUAUGUUUUUAUGUACAUCUUGGUACAGAAGUCCUUAUUCCACUUCUUUGUCAGUACCAAAGAGUGCAUUGGUUUUAUUCAGAAUAUAUUUACUGUUA